AUGUCUCCAGAUGCCUCUAGCCGGUCUGACUCGACAGUAGCUCACGAACAGGACUCGCAGAGUCCUGGAGCUAGCAACUUGCGAGAGAAAAGUAAAGUAUCCAUUGAAGGUGAUCAGAAACGACCGGUUUGCUCUCGAUGUCAUGAAGGGGGUUUUGCUUGCGUUUAUUCGUCCUCCAAGAAAAAGCCAGGUCCAGCCAGGGGAACACGAAAAGCAGCGAGGCGCACUGCCAAGUCCCCAAAGACCACUCAUCCAUGCGUCGGUUCAGACCACGACAAUGGCGAGCACAUGCCAUCAUUCUUUUCCGACAUCUUUGUUGCUUCUCCAGCGACGGGAUUUCAGCUGGACGCUGAUGCUGGCUUUUCAAUGGGCGAUAAUAAUCCAGAUCCCCAGUCUCUCUUUUCCGGGUUGACACCGCUUGUCCCUGCAGCCGGGCCAUCCGUGUCCUCAGAGCUGGGGAUAUCGCCAGAGAUGCAGGCGAAGCUGGUCCAUGACUUCUUCGACUUUGUCCAUUAUUCUAUCCCAUUAUUUCGGAAAGAAGAAUUUCUCGGGCGCUACGAGAACGGCACGAUCAACCGUUCUCUGCUGCUUACUGUCCUAGCUGUUACGGCAAAGUCUCUCGGCCUACCGCACGGUUGGCAGGUAGCCAAUAUCGAUGAUUGUCUUCAACAACUGUUGAAAGACGACCCAUUGGGCGGCCCAACCCCGCCCGCCAUGCUGCUGGACGCGUUCCGGCAAUGCUGCCUGCUCGCAUUUUAUCGUUUCCACCAGGGCCAUGGUGGGGAUGCAUGGGACUAUAUCAGUCGUCUCUCGCGCAAAGCCCUGCGAUUAGGUCUGCAUCAGCUGGAUUCCACUGAUCGGUACAACUCGUUUGGCGACAUCUUGGCAAACCCAGCCAAUCUGGAAGAAUGGAGAUAUGUUUGGUGGUGUAUCUACUGCUUGGACUCGUACUCAAACAUUAUGGCAGCCACCCCAUUUGUUCUGGAAAAGGAGAGCAUACGGACCGCCUUGGUGGCUACUUCUCUAGAGGGCUCAAGUGAUAGCCCCGUUAGUAGUCGUGUGACGCAAUUUCUGCCCACAGAUACAAGGGAUCUGUGGCGCAUUUCAGCGGAAAUGGGCUCUCCUGAUACCCCUGCCUCAAAUUUCAACAUGCACAUCGUCACAACUACUCUGUUAAGAGAAGCAGCAGCUAUUUUUCGGUUAAGGAGGCAAAACCCGUCGGAAGCUCUUCGAGACCGACGAUCUCAAUUCGGAGAUCAUCUCUCGGCCGUAGUGCUUUCCCUGCCUCCACAGUUUCUCCGCGAAGCUCGCAACGCUUUUGCCAAUGAAUCCAGUGUAGACCAUCAUGCACGGCUUGUUUGUCUAAUUCAUCUGCAUGCGGCACGACUUUUGAACACAAUCACGUUUGAUCUGUCGGACAAUUCGGCGUGGACGUCGUCGUGGGAGCGAUCGCUGGCCCACUCCGAAGACAUUGUGGCCGUCAUCAGAGAAUGGGACAGCCGGUACUCGUCGUUCGAUAAAUUCGCUAGUGUCGUCCAUGGUCCACUCUCCUCCUACGACAUUGGCCAGCUCCUGAUACAAGUGCCUGGACCCUUUCGGCCAUGGAGGGGACUCCUAGGUCUCGCGCCAAAUCCGCGGGACCCGUUGCUCACUCCACAGGAACCCGUGAUUGACCUUUCCGGGCUUGAUUUUUCCUUCGACUUUUUCUCGCCUUUAUGA